AACACGUUCUCUUUCUUUUUCCUGUCGACGCCAGUGCAGGCGUGUAGUGUUUUUAAAGUUCGUCCACGUGAAAAUCCUUAAACAACCAAAAUGGUCAACUUCACCGUCGACGAAAUCCGUGGCCUGAUGGACAAGAAGCGUAAUAUUCGCAACAUGUCCGUCAUCGCCCAUGUGGAUCACGGUAAAUCCACUCUGACCGACUCUUUGGUGUCCAAGGCCGGUAUCAUUGCUGGUGCCAAGGCUGGUGAGACUCGUUUCACCGAUACCCGUAAGGAUGAGCAGGAGCGUUGCAUUACCAUCAAGUCAACUGCCAUCUCCAUGUACUUCGAGGUCGAGGAGAAGGAUCUGGUUUUCAUCACCCAUGCCGAUCAGCGUGAAAAGGAAUGCAAGGGUUUCUUGAUCAAUUUGAUCGAUUCACCCGGUCACGUUGAUUUCUCCUCGGAGGUGACAGCCGCUCUCCGUGUCACCGAUGGUGCCCUUGUUGUGGUCGAUUGUGUCUCUGGUGUCUGUGUCCAGACCGAAACUGUGUUGCGUCAAGCCAUCGCUGAACGUAUUAAGCCCAUUCUGUUCAUGAACAAAAUGGACCGCGCUCUGCUCGAACUCCAAUUGGAUGCUGAGGAAUUGUACCAGACUUUCCAGCGUAUUGUUGAGAACGUGAACGUCAUUAUUGCCACCUACAAUGACGAUGGCGGUCCAAUGGGUGAAGUGCGUGUGGAUCCCUCCAAGGGUUCCGUCGGUUUCGGUUCCGGUCUGCACGGUUGGGCCUUUACCCUCAAGCAGUUCUCUGAAAUGUACUCUGAGAAAUUCAAGAUCGAUGUGGUCAAGCUAAUGAACCGUUUGUGGGGUGAGAACUUCUUCAAUGCCAAGACCAAGAAAUGGCAAAAGCAAAAGGAAGUGGACAACAAGCGUUCCUUCUGCAUGUACAUUCUGGAUCCCAUUUACAAGGUCUUCGAUGCCAUCAUGAACUACAAGAAGGAGGAGAUUGGUACCCUGUUGGAGAAGAUUGGUGUUACCCUGAAGCAUGAGGACAAGGAUAAGGAUGGCAAGGCCCUGUUGAAGACUGUGAUGCGUACUUGGUUGCCAGCCGGUGAGGCUUUGCUUCAGAUGAUUGCCAUCCAUUUGCCAUCGCCAGUGGUUGCCCAGAAAUAUCGUAUGGAGAUGUUGUACGAGGGUCCUCAGGAUGAUGAGGCUGCCAUCGCUGUCAAGAAUUGCGAUCCCGAGGGUCCAUUGAUGAUGUACAUCUCCAAGAUGGUACCGACCUCCGAUAAGGGACGUUUCUAUGCCUUCGGACGUGUGUUUGCUGGCAAAGUGGCCACCGGCCAGAAGUGCCGCAUCAUGGGUCCCAACUAUACACCCGGCAAGAAGGAAGAUUUGUACGAGAAGGCCAUUCAGCGUACCAUUCUGAUGAUGGGUCGCUAUGUGGAGGCUAUUGAGGAUGUGCCCUCGGGUAACAUUUGCGGUCUGGUCGGUGUUGAUCAGUUCUUGGUGAAGACCGGUACCAUUACCACCUUCAAGGAUGCCCAUAACAUGAAGGUCAUGAAGUUCUCCGUGUCGCCUGUCGUGCGUGUCGCUGUCGAGCCCAAGAAUCCCGCUGAUUUGCCCAAAUUGGUGGAGGGUCUUAAGCGUUUGGCCAAAUCCGAUCCUAUGGUGCAAUGUAUCAUUGAGGAGUCUGGCGAGCAUAUCAUUGCCGGUGCCGGUGAAUUGCAUUUGGAAAUUUGCCUUAAGGAUCUGGAAGAGGAUCACGCUUGCAUUCCUCUUAAGAAAUCCGAUCCCGUUGUCUCAUACCGUGAGACCGUUAACGAAGAAUCCAACCAAAUGUGUCUAUCCAAGUCGCCCAACAAGCACAAUCGUCUCCACAUGAAGGCUCUGCCCAUGCCCGAUGGUCUGCCCGAGGAUAUUGACAACGGUGAUGUUAGCUCCAAGGACGAUUUCAAAAUCCGUGCCCGUUAUCUGGCUGAGAAAUACGAUUACGAUGUGACCGAGGCCCGUAAGAUCUGGUGCUUUGGUCCCGAUGGCACUGGACCCAACUUCAUCUUGGAUUGCACCAAGUCCGUGCAAUACUUGAACGAAAUCAAGGAUUCCGUUGUCGCUGGUUUCCAAUGGGCCUCCAAGGAAGGUAUCCUGGCCGAUGAGAACAUGCGUGGCGUUCGUUUCAACAUCUAUGAUGUCACUCUGCACGCUGAUGCCAUCCAUCGUGGUGGUGGCCAGAUCAUUCCAACCACUCGUCGUUGUCUGUAUGCUGCUGCUAUCACAGCCAGCCCACGUUUGAUGGAGCCAGUGUACCUGUGCGAGAUUCAGUGUCCCGAAGUCGCUGUUGGUGGCAUCUAUGGUGUGCUCAAUCGUCGUCGUGGUCAUGUCUUUGAGGAGAACCAAGUUGUCGGCACCCCCAUGUUUGUGGUCAAGGCCUAUUUGCCUGUCAACGAAUCCUUCGGCUUCACUGCCGAUCUCCGCUCCAACACCGGAGGACAGGCCUUCCCUCAGUGCGUGUUCGACCAUUGGCAAGUGCUGCCCGGUGACCCAAGCGAGCCAGCCAGCAAACCCUACCAGAUUGUCCAGGACACACGUAAACGUAAGGGUCUUAAGGAAGGUCUGCCCGAUCUUACCCAGUAUUUGGACAAAAUGUAAUCUGGCGGCCACUACAAUGGCACUUCCUGACGGAGCAUAAAAUUGAACAUAUCCCAAUCACCAUCUAAGGGAUUCUGUGUUUUGUCAGCGUUAUUAAAAAAAAAGAAGAAACACACACACAAAAAAACAUUUAAAGAAAUUUUGAUGAUUAUUAAUUGUAUAACAGAACAACAACAACAACCGUAAAUAAAUCAAGUAACUGAUUACGUA